AAAGGGCCGCUACCUCUUUUGAUGCAAAUCGGUGAAGAGCUCUCAAAUUAAAUACGUUCAGAAGCCGACGCCAUCUCCAGUAACCGAUGCCCUCUCUCCCCAAUCUCCAAUCAACGACAUCUUCCCCCUCCCAAUCUUCUGUAAUCGACGCCAUCUCCCCCAUCUUUGAUAAUCGACACCAUCUCUACUGAGCUCUCAUUCAUUGUUUUCUCUCUCUAGUGCGAAAUCAGAAGCCUUUUCAUAAUAUGAGAUUUCCGCUGAAGAUUUGGGGCUGAAUCAAGGUCAAUUGCAGAUUGAAAUCCUACGCAUUCACUAUUCAUCUUCAUGCUUCGAAGGUCCGAAUUCAUCUGUUUUUUUUUCUUCUCAAAUUGAAGGCCAAUUUUGAGGUAUUAUGAGCGACCUGCUAAGCCUAUUUAGAUUCUAAAUUUUGUAUAUCAUUCCAAACAAAGAAUCCUGAUUUUCGCUGAGAUUAGAAUUCGCAGCACUGUUGACAACGCUAGUGAGUAAACCAAUCCAGCGCAGGUUAUUGGUGUUUAUUCCUCUUUCUGGUGUAUAUCUUGGGUGACUUUCAAGAGUGUUUCUCUACAUAUUGAUUCUCAUUUUGUGUGGUGAAAACCCUCAAAUUUGUUGUUGUUUGUGUUCUUCACUCUUGCUGCUCUUGCUGUGUACUUGUGGACUAUUACUGCAAUUGUGUUUGUGAAUUGCUUGGAUAUUGUUAUGGGGGAGAAAAACAAGGGUUAGGCCAAGAAGAACACCGUACCAGCCAUAAAAUCACCAAAUUUAUCUUUUAGGGAACCCCAUUGAGUGAGUCUGUUAGGCUUAGGUCUGGUGCAAAGGCUUCUACCGGUGGCGUUGAACCGUCUGUAGCUCACAUUGAUGCCCGUGAGUAGGAGUUUUUGAACCAGAUUGGAUACUCUUCUUUGACAUCCACUUGGGACGAAGCAGAUAAUGAGGAGUUUUGGGAGGCUUCGCCAAACACUUGCUUCUAAUAUCUUUAGAGGCCAAAGCUGAGGUCAAAAAACCAUGCCACUGCCAACUGGAAAUAACCGAGACAGAACUGAGGGGAUUCCCCUUAGAAAGGUCGAAGUGGGAGAUGAGGGAUUCAUUCCCCUUAAGUACUUGAAGAAGAGAUGGUCAGUCUAUUAUUAACAGAGUGUGGUUCAUCUCAAUUAAACUAUUACUCCAUAUUAAAAGAAAUAAUAGUUUUGACUUACUCUUUACAAGAAUACUCUAUAUUAAAUAUAAGUCUAUGAUGCACGUCUGAAGUGUAUGAGAAUGAUGCAUGUUACUCCAUUGAAUAGUACACGGGAAAGGUCCUCCCAUUGAACAAACUUUGCCCCUGCAAUCUUGAAGAUCUCUACAAGGAUACCACCAAGACGAAAAAGAUUUCUAGGGAGAUUUCCCCUACAAAAUCUCGGAAUUCGAGCAUUGUUCACAGCGCAAGAGGUCCAAUGCGUAUUAGCUUUUAACUCCUCUAUCUAGUGUUAUUUUUGGGUGAUUCCCAUGACUGAUUCACAAUCCUUUAUUUUCUCACUUUUAUGGUGUUUUUACUGGAAUUUAUUGCUACUUGAGAUUAUUGUUGCUUGAUGUGCUUGCUGUGUGUUGUUCUCGUCCUUGAACUGCUGUAUUUUGCUUUGGUUUCGGUGCCUUUGAACUAUAAUAAUGGGACAGAAUAAGAAGAAGAAUGGGAAGAAUUUGAGAAGCAAACAAGCUGUUGUGGACGGAAAUGGUGAUCUGCUCGUUGGAACCAUGCACCUCCACCGCUAUGCAAGUUGAUAAAGUUGGGAUCAUCACCUUGGACAAUGAUGUAAACAAAGACCCAGCAACCUAUGAGCUAGUUGUAACCAACAAAGAGGAGGAGAACGGGCCACUAGCUUUAGCAAAGAUCAUCAAGAAGAAAACGACAAUGACCAGCGCUGAUUUGGCAGCCCCCCUCUACCUUUAAGCAAGUUGUGAAAGCUGCCUAAGCCAUUUCUUAUCUUUAAUAGUCUAGUUGUUCUUCUGUUCAUCUCCAUUGUUUCGCAUUGUAGUUUCAUUUUUCCUUGAUUUUAAUCAUUAAAUGAUGAAUGUUGAAUAUUUGUAGAGUUUAUUUCUAGCAAUUCAUCUUUUGAUGUACUCAUUGUUACAUAAAUCGGAUGCUUGAGACAAAACUAUUGAAAUUUAUACUAUCUCUGUCUCACUAUGUUUGUCGACUUACUUUUUGACACACCAUCCAAUGCAUUUCUUUAAUCAAUUUUAUCUUGUAAU